AUGCUCUAUCCGAAUCCCGCCGAGACCCACAAAUCGCGAGCCUCCGAGAGCUCGGCGAGGCGCCACAACAUCAGGAAAGGGACACGGAGCUGCUGGGACUGCAAACGCCGCAAAGUCCGCUGCGUAUUUGCAUCCCCCAAUGACACCGUGUGCAAUAACUGCCGUCGGCGCGGUGCCGUGUGUGCUGGCCAAGAACUGCCCGAGGAGCUGGCCCCGCCGAGGGACCAGCAAAUCGGCGAUCGAAUCGCAAGGGUUGAGGACCUGAUUCAAGAUCUGGCUAAGCAAGUCGACGUACUCACGGGCAGCAUUAUCUCUGCCCAGGGCCAGCCUCUGCGUAGCUUACAUGAGGCUCCUAUUCCAACCCAUGGGAGAGAGAAUGGCAAAAUCACGCGUGCGCUACUAGCUGCCUUUCCUUCCCAUCAAGAUACAGAUAACAUCUGUCAAUUCAUGUGUCGCCACAAGUUUUACUUCCACUUAGCGGACAGCGCGUCCUUCGGAUCGCUGGAGCGAGAAGGCCUGACACCCUUGAAGAUGCCACCCUCAAGUGAAGAGCUGAUGGACCCUGCUUCCCACCCAGUCCUCCUUGCAAAGAAAAUGCUCCUUUUCUGUUCAUUUCUUCAAUCCGGCAUUGACAACAUUCAUGGUUUGGCCGAGGAGCCUGACGCGAUAAUCAACCGACUGGUCGAAGCUGUCUCGACUCUGGUGACCACCAACGAAAAAUUACACGGCACCAUGGAAUGUCUUGAGUGCAUCAUCUACGAGUCAGUCUUUCACAAGACCAAUGGAAAUCUCAGAAAGGCAUGGCAGGUCGUCAGGAGAGCAUUGUUAGUUGCUCAGAUGAUGGGCAUCCACCGCUCCCUCCCACCACCGGUCAAAAACAUUGAUCCUUCCUGCAAGACGGAACCCCAUUUUGUCUGGUUUCGGAUUCUCUACCUGGACCGCUACCUUUGCUUGUUACUUGGACUUCCCCAAGGCACUCCCCACACCGAAAUGCCUCCUGAUUCCGUACUGGCUUCGGAUGGACCCCUGGACAAGCUGGGCCGACUUCAAGCUGUAAUAGCUUCGCGGAUAAUAGACCGCAACGAGAAAGGUCUCCAAGCGAACGACUUGAACUUGACACAAGAAAUCGACGCAGAACUCAUCAGAGUAGGUUCAACCAUGCCGGAAGAAUUUUGGAUAUCUCCAAGGUUCGUUGGUGUCGAAGUUGGCUCCGAGGACGAGUUUUGGGCCAUGGCUCGUGUAUCCGCUCAGAUGUUCUACUUCAACCUGGUAACUCAACUCCACCUGCCAUACCUCCUCCUCUUCGACCCUGACGCCAAGUACGACUAUUCAAGAAUCGCUUGCAUGAGUGCAAGCCGUGAGCUUCUUACACGGUUUCUGGCUUCCCAUCAUUUCAGGAGCGCAGGAGCAUGUCAUCGUGCGUUGGGCUUCAUUGCCGUAUUGGCCUCCAUGGCACUGCUUCUUGGACAUUUUGACAGCCGACUGCAUCCAAAGAUCACUAGCGUCUUUGCACACCAGCGUCGCAGUGAUCGUGCCAUGAUAGAGUGUAUGCUUCAGGCAGCCGAGGAUGUGAGAGGAUCAGAGGGAAAACUCCUGGACGAGAAAAACGAGCAAGCAUUACGACGCCUACUGCUUGUCGAGGAAGAUUUUUCAAAAGGCCGUAACUACACUGUGAGAAUCCGGUCUGGUCCUGCUGUCGAGGAUGAAGAAACGGAUGAUGGAGCAGAAGGGAAUGACUCCAAAAUUAUUGGCAUCCCUAUUCCCCAUUUUAGCCACAUCACGAUUGAACGCCGACAGGCGGCUUCCAAGGAUCAUCACGAACAUCAGUUUGAUUCGAACUCUGGUACAAUACCUCUGAUGCCGGAUUUUGACACUGAUAUGGACCAAUUCCUGGCGUUGGAUUCCCCAGACUUUCCCUCAGAAGCCUUGGCAGCUACUCAGCCACAAUUCUUUGGGACUGCGCUUUUUGUGCCCCAGUUAUCAGGUGUCAAUGUUGGCGAUACAUCACUGCGAGAAGAAGACCUUCCACAUCAGAUUCUAGGUAAAGAUAACUGGACUUCAUAG